UGUCCCUGAGUUGUAAAUGUGAUAGCCAGCGCUCGAUAAGGUUCAGAACACGGAACGUACAUGGAGGACAGACACGUCUUGUUUACCCAGCAUGCAGCAGGAGCUGUGGCUUAGGGCCAGAGCUCAGGUGCUGUCGUCCCUCUCGUCUUGUGCCAUGCGAGCAGCCUCUGACCCCCACGUCCAUCCCCUCAGAACCACGGAGGCCGGCGUGAGAAGUGGGGCGCACACUGGCAUGCCCAACGGAAUAGCGGGCGCAGGGCACACCCACGCUCACCCCCAUGGGUCCCCCAGACCAGGUCACCUCAAGUCCAGGGCGUCAGGGCAUGCACUAGCCCAUGCUAACAGUCAUCAUCACAGAGAUGCUGUUGCGGGCAGUGAUGGUCUCCCAGAGGGCUUCCGCCUCCUGCACAACCCCGUGAAGAGCUCCAGGAGCCACCAGGAGCUCCACAAGGAGCUGCUCCUCGCACACAAAAACACCGCGGCUCACAUAGCCCCGGGGGAUACCGGACCGGCGCUGGCUCAGAUCCGGCGAGAGGGCGGCAGUAUCUGUGCCAGAUCAGGGUCGACCAAGGUCCAGAUUCCUGGCACUUGA